AUGUUUACUUAUCAAUAUCAACAUUAUAAUAAAACCUUUUCACGUCAAGUUAUUUUCCGUAAACACGCUAAAUCUCACAAAGGUCAGGCUUAUUGGGAAAUAUUUAUCAACCUUUCUGAUAAUUUUAAUGAUAGUAUAGCCGAGUAUUCUAAGAAUACCAGUGAAAAUAAAAAAAAUAAUUUCGAUGGAAUUGAUGAAAUGAUAGUGAAUUUUAUUGACAAUAAACUUUUAGAAGGUAAUGAUCAGCAAGAACAAGAAGUUGAUGAUACUAGUUUUUCAGUUAAUGAAGAUGAAGCAUUGGAUUAUACUAUCGAAGUUGAAGAGUUUGCUUUUGAACAUCAUGAUUAUAAUCUACAUGCCUCUAAACCAAAUCAAAUAUCAUCAAUCAAUGUGAGAUCUAUUUUGAUCCAAAAGCUUUCACAAUUUCCAAAUGUUGCUUAUUCUGAAUUUAUGAAACUCAUAUCAACCCAUCACCUUUCUGAUUCAGCUGGAAAUAAUAUAUUGAAGUGGUUUCGCAA